UUAUUGCAACAGAGGACCAGAAGCCUUCUCGCUUAACCCCGGCCACCCUCUUCUCGUCACUUAAUAGGCUCCGAAUGCUGGUGUCGAUCACGGCGGCGCGGGGAAGACGCUCACACCUGGCUGGCGGCCUCUCUCUCUCGACCUGACACCAAAGACGACCGACCGAGGACGACUGCGGCGAAACGCGAACGUCCGCAGGGAGGACCCGAUCGACUGUGCACCUUACGCCUGGAAGACGCCCGAGAAGACACCGUCGAUAGACCGAAGCACCAGCGCCAAUACGCAUCGGUGGAACACUCAUGGAGACGAGGAUCGUUAGUGCCGUCGUCUGCUGCAUUGUAGCGUCCGGCGCCUCGCUUGGAGUCCUGUGCGACGAGCCCAAGUGCGAAGACACGACGCGCCGACACGCCAUCGUGGCCGAGUACACGUGCUCCGGCUUCACCAGCCCGGAUGACUUCGCGAAGCACUUCAACAAAUCCACAGGGUCCAGCAACGAUCUAUGGUUCGUACUCAAGGACAGCAAGUUGGAUUACAUUCCCGCAGGAUUCUUGGGAGAACACCAGGCAUCAAUGCUGGAAUUCAACAACGUCACCCUCGGGUCGUUCCUGGAGCCCGACUCGAACCGCAGCCUGUUCUCCGGCCUGGAGCCGUCUCUAAAGCGGGUCACCUUUACGCUGGGCAGCACCCUGCCUAGCACGUGGGCCACUCUGCGCCCUCUGAGGAGGCUCGAGGAGCUGGUUUUCUUCGAAAUGACGGCCCUCAACCUGACGCGCGACUUCAACGAGCUGCCAGCCGGCUUGCGCAAGGUGGUUAUAAUUCGCACGGGAAUAGGCAACGUGGACGAAGACUGGAUGUCUUCGCUGCUGAACCUGGAGAACUUGCGAAUCCAGAGCAGCACGUUGGAUAGGUUCGCCAGGAGCAUGCUGCCCAGGCCCGCGCCUAGACUGCGCAAGCUCACCAUCGGGGACAGCUCUCUGACGUCACUGCCGGAGGAUUUCGGCACCGACUUUCCCGUCCUGAAGCAAGUAAACCUCCGUCAGAAUCUGAUAAGCAGCUUCAGCGAGCAGAGCCUGGCACCUCUGAAAAAUAGCAAUGUCACUGUUGUGCUGUCCGGGAAUCCGGUGCACUGCGACUGCAAGGUGUCGUUUCUGCUCGGCUACCCCGAUUCGUGGGCGUAUCCGGAGUGUGGCUCACCAGAGCCACUCAACGGUGUUCCCCUCAAGGAUUUAACGCCAGAGAAACUAGGGUGCACAGAAGAAAAGCUUUCCUAAGAGAUUCAACUGAACCGAACACCCACUUCACAGAUGACAAUAUUAAAGACGGUUUCGUGCGGCAUACCUUUGCUAGCGUGUUUUGAAAAGCGGACGAAAUAAUUAUUUAUUUAAAUAACAUUUAUAAUUUUUGGGUUAAUUGGUCAAAUCAAGGUGUAUGACUGAGUGUAAAUGAUUAUGCACGUGCGACUCCAA